AAUAAAGUUACGCUUCUUAAAGCAGUAAUUGAGAACAAAAAAAAUCAAGAUUCUCUAACGACAACAUCUCAAGGAAAUUCACACCGUGAAACUGUUGUGCAACAACCCGAUCGAACCAAUAUAUUAGAUAAUGUAAACGCUGUAACGCAAAGAGGAAAUAAUAACCACAACAAUAAUUUAGAGCGUGGAUUGGGUCAUGGUGCUCUUCCUGGUACAAAUAUUAUUACUGAAGAAAAAAAACUUCUAGAAUUUAUAAAUUUAACAUCAAAGGAUGAAGAAGAUAUUACAAAACAUAAUGAGGAUGUGAGAGAAGAAAUAGAAGAACAACAAGAAGAAAUAGAGGAAGAUGAAGAAGAAUUAGAAAAUGAAGGAGAAGAACAACAAGAAGAAAUAGAGGAAGAUGAAGAAGAAUUGGAAAAUGAAGGAGAAGAAACAAAAGAAGAAGAUGAUGAAGAAAAGAAUGAAACAAAUGAUACGGAAGAUAUAAAACAGGAAAAUAAGGAAAAAGGACUCAGCAAUCAACAACAAAGUGAAGAAAAAAGUAUUUCAAAAGUUGAUGAAGAUUCAUAUCGAAUACUAUCAGUAAGUUAUAAGGACAAUAAUGAAGUAAAAAACGUUCCUGAAUCUAUAGUGAAAAAACUAUUUAGUUUAUUUAAUGAUAAUAAUAAUUUGGAAACUAUUUUUAAGGGUUUGACAGAAGAUAUGACAAAUUUAUUUCAAAAAUAA